AUGACAGAGGAAAAUGAUACACUGGUGACAGAGUUCAUCCUGGUUGGACUUUACCAUUAUCCCCAGGCACAGACUGCCUUCUUUUGGUUUGUGCUAAUUGUUUAUAUAGUGACCUUCAUAGGGAACAGCCUCAUUGUGAUGUUGAUAGUUGUUAACCGCCAGCUCAACACCCCUAUGUAUUUUUUCCUCAGCAACCUCUCCUUCCUUGACAUCUGUUACUCUUCCAGCACUGCCCUGCAGCUCCUGGGGAAGGGUUUUGCAAAAAAACCCACCAUCUCCCUUAGCAGUUGCUUGGCUCAAGGUUAUGUUUCCAUCUUCCUAGGCAUAACAGAGAGCCUCCUCCUGGCUGUCAUGGCCUAUGAUCGCUUUGCAGCCAUCUGCAAGCCUCUGCAGUAUUCUCUGAUCAUGAAUGGAAAGGUUUGCAUCCACCUGGCUGCAUUUUCCUGGGUCAGUGCCUUUCUUCUUACUGUGAUCCGGCAAUUGGUCCAGCCAAAGCAUUUCUGUGGACAUGUUAUCAACCAUUUCACAUGUGAACUCCAAGCAGUCUUUAAGCUGGCCUGUUCUGAUACCAGUUUCAGUGAGCUGGUCAACUUAGUCACUGCUUUAUUGGUUCUUGUGGCACCCUUCAUCUUCAUUGUGGUGACAUAUGUGCUUAUUGGCCAGGCUGUGUUGCGUAUCCGUUCAGCCCAGGGCAGAAACAAAGCCCUUUCCACCUGCAGCUCCCACCUGGCUGCGGUCAGUAUAUUCUAUGGUGCAACCAUGUUCAUAUACCUGAGACCUCAGUCCAAAUCAUUCUCUGACAAGGACAAGCUCAUCAGUGUGUUCUAUGUAUUCAUCACCCCAGUGUUGAACCCUCUGAUCUACAGCAUAAGGAACAAGGAUGUGCAGGGAGCACUGAAGAGGACAAUCAUGAGGAUAGUGUUAUGUUGA